AAGUAACGUCUAUUAAUAAGAUAUAUAGUGUAGCGGAGUGGAAUUUGAGAAUUUCUUCAUAGAAGUACUGUCAUAGCCCAUUAUUAUAGAAGAGUUUACUUUGUUAUUACGUCGUUUAGGUGCCGUUCAAAAUACACAAAAAAAAAAAAAAUUGUGCAUUAAUUUUAAAUGUGAAAAAUGGAGUUCUGGCAUUUGUUGAUCGUUUUGUCGGUUAUAAUGCCUACUAAUGUCCUGUCAAUUUCGAGUAAUGAAUUACUCGAGCUUAGCUGUAACGACGACAUGCAAUGCAAGCAAUUUCAGCAAGAUGGCAUAAAACCCAAAUGCAUGGACGGACAUUGCCAAUGCAUUAACAGUGCAGGCGAAAAUGUAAAAUGCAAGCCAAUGAAUAACAAACUAAGCAAUAUUAUUGGCGGUAAUUGUCCUUGUAAUCAACCGAAUGCUGAAUGCUAUCAGAAUCGGUGUUAUUGUGUAAUUGAUUCCAUACCCAGCAGUGAUAAGAGACGUUGCUUGAAAAGAACAGCCGUUUUAGGUGAUCCGUGUGAAUUAGAUGUGCAAUGUCAAAAGGGCGACUAUAAUGCAAUAUGUCCGUCUACCUUGGGCCGAUGCUCUUGCAUGGAACAAUUUGCUAAUCAUGACCAGCAGUGCUUGUCCAAGGUCAGUGACAAAUUCAAAUGCACAAGCACUGCUCAAUGCCUCAAGGAAUUCGGUAGUAAUUCCCAAUGCGAUUCAGUCAUUCAGCGUUGCCUUUGUUCCGAUGGUUUUGUUACUGCUCUCAACAAUUCCACGUGUCUAACUGUUAGCAAAUAUCUUGCUGAUUGUGAGGAAACUUCGCAAUGUAUAAACACUAUGGGUCCAGGCGCUAAAUGCGUUGAUCGCACUUGUCAGUGUGAUGUUAAUUAUUUUCCUCAGGCAAUCAAUAGUACAAAAACCGGUACACCAAAGACUGUAUGCACACGUGAAGCUGAACUUGGCCAAUAUUGUCGUGUGAACAAAGACUGUAACGAUAGUGAACAAACGAUGGACUGUGUUUAUGGCGAAUGUUGCUGCAAGUUUGGGUUUUAUUCCAUUAAUGAUGCCAUUUGCAUGCGUAGUGAUUCCAUAUCCAAAUUUUCUCAAUCUACUACAUUCUUACAUAUCGUAUUUUUUGUAUCUUUUAUACGUUUUUUGAAUUAAAGUUAAUAAAUGAAAAUUAAAAGAAGAAAGAAA